AUGGUUCCUCUUUCACCCUCUCGGAUUAUGCACGGAACCACCAAUGUCACCUCUGCUAAGUUCCUUACCCACGCUUUCACUCGCAAUUUUCACGCCUCUAGUCCUUCCUACCGCUCCGCCGGAGCUUCUCAGAUAGCACAGUCGGAGUUCACAGAAAUGGCUUGGGAGGGUAUUCUUGGUGCUGUUGAUACUGCACGAGUCAAUAAAGAACAAAUUGUGGAGUCUGAGCAUUUAAUGAAAGCACUCUUGGAGCAAAAGGAUGGUUUGGCUGGAAGGAUAUUUACUAAGGCGGGAUUAGACAACACGUCAGUUCUACAAGCUACUGAGAAUUUUAUAGUUCAGCAACCUAAGGUUACAGGUGACACUUCUGGUCCUGUUGUUGGUUCGCAUCUGAGCUCCGUUUUGGACAACUCUCAAAGGCACAAGAAAGAAAUGGGUGAUGAGUAUGUGUCUGUGGAACAUCUGUUACUAGCAUUUCAUUCGGAUAAGAGGUUUGGGCAGCAGUUAUUUAAAAAUCUUCAGCUUAGCGAGAAGGCUUUGAAGGAUGCUGUACAGGCUAUUCGUGGAAGUCAAAGAGUAACUGAUCAAAAUCCUGAGGGGAAAUAUGAAGCAUUGGACAAAUAUGGAAACGACCUGACUGAACUUGCUAGGCGUGGAAAGCUUGAUCCUGUCAUAGGUCGAGAAGAACAAAAAACAAUCCAGUUAUUAUUGGGGAACCUGGUGUGGGGAAAACUGCAAUUGCUGAAGGAUUAG